CCACAACUCCACCACUCCUGGCAUAGAUCUCCACCUCCCGGUGAGUGACCAUGGCGGAGGCCGCAGGAGCGACUCCUCUCCUCGCUGGCCUCCCGGACGAGAUCACCGUCUCGGAGAUCCUCGCCCGCCUGCCCCCCAAACCCCUCCUCCGCUGCCGCGCCGUCAGCCCCGCGUGGCGCCGCGCCACCUCCACCCGCGAUUUCCUCCUGUCCCACCACGCCCGCCAGCCCGCCCUGCCCCUCCUCUGCAGCCACAGCGACGUCGCCGACGGCGGCCAGUCCCUGGACGUCACGCUCUUCGACCACCGUGCAGGAGUCGCCGCCGCCGACCAGUUCCAGCGCGUCGCGCGACUGAAAACACCCCCCUUGGAAGGGGGGAUUGACGGGAGUGAAAGUUUCACUCCCCUUUUCUAUCCGGUGGCCUCCUGCGACGGCCUCCUCCUCCUCUCCAUCGAGUGUGACCUCUGCAUCUGCAACCCGGCGACUCGGCAGUAUGCUCCCCUCGAGCAGCUCGAUGGCUUCAUGACCGUGGGGUUGUACCCUCACCCUCCUACCGGCGAGUACCGGUUGUUGCUGUACCAUGAAACAGAUCAACGUGCCAUCUAUGCUUUCUCAAUUGGCUCCAACCAGCCGCCGAGGCGCAUCGGGCGCCCUGAUCCGUUGGCUGGUGACGGGCUUCUGUUCCGUGGUAGCCUGCAUUGGCACACUGGCAACCGGAUAAUGGUAUUCGACACCGCCACUGAGUCGUUCCGGCAGAUCCGUGCCCCGGUUGCCCAAGAGGACUAUGGACGACUGUUUGAGAUGGAUGACAUGCUUGGCAUCUUCUUUCUUAAUGAUGAAAAGACGACCGUUGAUAUUUUGGUGAUGCAGGACUACCAAGGCGAGGUCUGGGCUUUCAAGUGUCGGGUUGAAUUGCCAGUUGCCGAGAUCAGGGACCGGUGUCAAAAUUCUAGCCAUAUUGAGGAAGUGAUGGUUGUUAAUGGUGAUGGUGAGUUGCUCGUGUUGGUCGGUUUUGAGGACUGGCUGUUUCAGGUUGAUAUUGAUGGCAAGUUGAUUGCCAGUUUCCAUGCCAGAGGCCUCCCUUCCUAUAAUAUUGUGCACAAGCAAACUCUUGUUCAACAUACCUUCUUUCCGACACUCGAGGGUUAUGUUAUGAAUGAUUCGCCUUUCAUUUGACCAGAUGAUUAUGUUGUCAACGCUUAGGGAUAUUGAGUGUUGUGGUGUUUCUUAUUGGCCUAGCUCUCCAUGUCCACAUGAGCUGUUGUAUGUAUCAACUAGAUCCAUUAUUAAGCUUCUUUGUGCUUGGUUGAUGAAUAUAAAAAAGUAUGAUCAAGAAGCUGUGACUAUUAGAUGUAUUUUCAUUGGAUUCCUUUUGGGUUGAAGUGGCUGAUGUGAGUGUGGAUUCUAAAAUUACAAGUCAUUUGGGUCAGCCUCUGGAAAUUUUGCCUAUUGAUCUGACUCAUGUCUAUGUUUUCUUGGAACUCAAUAAUGGUUCCAUUGCAUCCGGUUAGGUAUUGAACCAUACUUUUAUAAUCCCGCUUUUGCGUUGCAUCGUUCGGUGUUGUAUCAAUCACUUCAAUUUAGCUGCUAACCACUUUAUGUGAUCAAUGGUUCAUCUGGUGUUUGAUCUUAAGAUAAGCUCGUGAAAUGAAACUUGUACUGAUAAGCAGAAGAAAGGCUGUCAUUGUCCGGCUCAGCUCACAGAUUGUGCUCCCCUUUUGAUUCUGUAAGUGCCAGCCAUGCACU